AUGUACGAAGGAAUUCGUCCUAUUGCUGAUGACACCGAGCGGCGCUGCUCGCUUCCCUCGAUCAAAGCGUCAACGUCGACUAUGAACAACACCGCCGGCAGCAACAGCAACAACACAUUGGGAGAAGGUCGCCGCUUGCCUCCCCUCCCACGAAUGGAUCCUCUUCCCCGUGGUCCCUUUAACCCAUUCAACAAGGAUGCCCUUGGCCCACUUACUCCUGGGGCUCAUGACUCGUUCCAGCUCAAGUCUCCUUGGUCGGGCAGUGAGCAGGUGAAUGCACCUCCCUCACCUGCCAACUCCGCUGAGAGCUCCUGGCAGGAGUCCUUUGCAGCACAGCGAGCUGGAUCCACUGAGUGGCCUGCCGAUCUAUCCCAGACUGAGAUCAUGGCCUUGGUGGCACCCCAAAAUAUCAACCGGAAGGCCCCUCUCCAACAGCUCUGUGGUCGUAAGCGUAAGGGCAGCCCUGUGUCGCCGGACCCUGAAGAUCAGCGGGAGAAGCAUCGUAUUGCGGAGGGCAACCGCCGCAAGAAUCUCAGCCAACUGCAUCGAGAGCUUGACAGCCGCAUUCAUGACUUUUUCCUGGAGCGAGCUGGCUGGAAUCCCUCCAAGAGCUUGCCACAAUCCAAGGAACACAUUGUGCAGGGCGCUGUGUAUCUCAUCGAUUUUAUGCUGGCCAUCAUCGUCCAUCUCAUCCGUCAAGAGCAGGUGUCCCCCCAGCUCUCUGAAAAACUGCAGCCGCAGGUCCGCUGCAUGCAGCUGCAGCAACUAGUGAAUUCCCUUCAGCAACAAAACCAGACCGCUCAGCAGCAACUACGAGCUGCAAAGGCAGAAAACGAGACGUUGGCCGAUCGCAAUAGAGCGCUUGAAUUCCAACUCAAGUCCUAUGAGCAAAUGUUUCGCUCGCCCAAGCCUGAAAGUACGAGUCCAUCAAUGGCUAAUGUUCCUGAGCAUAAGCGCCUGAAAAGAGCCCUGCCAGGUAUGCGAGCUUUCUGUGACGAGAUCGGGGCCACCAUGGGCUCUGAAUCUACUUCAACGCAGCCUUCGCAUUUCCAUGACCCCCUCACCAGCGCUACAUCUCAGUCUUUUGGUCCCUCAUACCUUGGCUCAACACCCCCAGUCACCGGGCCCUCCUCCCCCGCAUUUCCUCCAUCCCACACAUCCUCAUUCAACUACUCAACGUCCCGCCAUCAGUCCAUACGAGGUUCUCCCUAG